AUGGCCGAGAUCGCCAGCGUCCGCCCCAGCUUCGAUGUCUCCCCCAUCGUGGCUGGCCUCAUCGGGGCCACCGUCCUGGUGGUGUCGGUCUCGGUGACGGUCUUCGUCUGGACAUGUUGCCACCAGCAGCUGGAGAAGAAGCAGAAGAGUCCUCCGUACAAGUUCAUCCACAUGUUGAAAGGCAUCAGCAUCUACCCAGAGACACUGACCAAUAAGAAGAAAAUCGUACGGAUCCGGAGGGACAAGAAGGGCGUGGCCAGGAAAGACGGGAACGGUCACCUCCUGGUGGACGCGGCCGAAGCUGGCUUGGUGGGCUCCGAGGGAACCUCCGCCGGGUCGAACGCGGCUUCUUCCAUCAACCAGCUCCCCGUCAAAGUAGAGUACGGAGAAGAACCGAGUCCUCAGCAAAGCUUGACCCCAGUGGGGAGCAAGACCUCCUCCAUGUCUUCUCCAGAAGAGGACCUCACGCUAGGCACGCUGACCUUCUCGGUGGAUUACAACUUCCCCAAGAAAGCCCUGGUGGUGACCAUCCAAGAGGCCCACGGAUUGCCGGUGAUGGACGAGCACAACCAAGGUUCGGAUCCCUACAUCAAGAUGACCAUCCUGCCGGACAAGAGACACCGCGUCAAGACCCGGGUUCUCCGGAAGACCUUGGACCCGGUCUUCGACGAGACCUUCACCUUUUACGGCAUCCCCUACAGCCAGCUCCAGGAUUUGGUCCUCCACUUCCUGGUGCUCAGCUUCGACCGCUUUUCUCGAGAUGACGUCAUCGGGGAGGUGAUGGUACCACUCGCGGGGGUGGACCCCAGCACCGGGAAGGUCCAUCUGACGAGGGAGAUCAUCAAGAGGAACAUACAGAAAUGCAUCAGCCGAGGAGAGCUACAGGUGUCCUUGUCGUAUCAGCCUGUGGCCCAGAGGAUGACCGUCAUGGUGUUGAAAGCAAGGCAGCUGCCCAAGAUGGACAUCACCGGCCUCUCAGGUAGAAACCCUUACGUCAAGGUGAACGUCUACUACGGCAGGAAGCGGAUCGCGAAAAAGAAGACCCACGUCAAGAAGUGCACCUUGAACCCCGUCUUCAACGAGUCCUUCAUUUACGACAUCCCCACCGAUCUGCUGCCUGACGUCAGCAUGGAGUUCCUGGUCAUCGACUUUGACCGCACCACCAAGAACGAGGUGGUGGGGCGGCUGAUCCUGGGGGUGCACAGCGUCACGGCGGGCGGAGUGGAACACUGGCGGGAAGUGUGCGAAAACCCCCGGAAGCAGAUCGCAAAGUGGCACAGCUUGAGCGAAUAUUAA